AUGAAGAACGGAGGCUCCUCCUCGGCAGCGAACGCCGGCGGCGGCCUGGCGAUCACCGAGCGGCAGAAGCCGUCGUGCGUGGCGGCGCUGUUCCAGAUGCUCGCCAAGAGGAAGCUCUUCUCCUCCUCCUCCAGCAAGACCAAGCUGCUCGCCCCAGCACGCGCACAGAAGUUGUCGCCUGGGAGCGGGAGACCACCAGGCGGCGGGGAGAAGACGCCGGCGGCCAAGAAGAGACCUCUCCUGCUUGAUUCUGCGGACUAUGCAAGGAGCAGAAGUGAAGGACAUGGCACCAGUCGCUCGCCACCGCCAAGCCAAGCCAGCGAUGGCAGUAAAAUGCGCACCCCGGGUGUGGUAGCCCGGCUGAUGGGUCUCAGCUCAAUGCCAUCUACCAGCCAUGAAAGGUCAUCCAGUGACAUGGACUCCACCAAGGCCCGCGAUCACCUGAAUGAAUGCUACCAAGAUUUGCCUGGUAGCUCUGGGAGCAGGGACACCUCGCAUCAGAAGCAACAGAAACCAGGGCUCAUGGAUGAACGGCAUCAACAUGCCACCCAAUUCAAUGCAGAUUCACAGACAUUAUGGUCAGGGAGGCACCACAAUCACAAGGUAGCUUCACCUCUUAAGAGCCCGAGAUCAAUUUCAAGCAGGAACAAAGCUCGGCUGAUUGAAGCAGCGGCCAGGGUUCUGGAACCUGGUCUGCAGUCCAGGAAUCGCCACCAGGCUCGUCGACACGCACGCUUGGAGUAUCCGUGCAAUGGUGAUGGCACGGCGAGGGCUGCUACUGUACAUAGUUUGCCUGAUCACUUCCCAAGAGAUAUGCAUGAAGCUGGUGCACCAAUGUCAGGUGCUCGCAACGUAGGAGGUACCUCUCUGCACAAUUCUACUUCUGGGCAGUGGUCUGAAGAGAAUGGCAAGAAGAUUGCUGCUGCUGCUGCUUCUAGGAGACCAAACCAGAAUUCGUCAUGGGAAGUGCAACCUGAAGGAAACAGUAAGGUCUUGCCUGUUAGCAGCUCCACCGAGAAGGCUAUAUUUAAGGAUAGCGAUGAGAUGAUCUUCAGAGCUACCGCUGAUACAUAUCAAGACGUCACAAAAGUUCAGCCGAGGAAUGUAUCCAUGGGAAAUGUUGCUUUUAGCCCUCUCAAGCAGAACAACCUGAAGCAGAACGCAUUGCCUAUAGCUUCUAGAACAGAAAGUACACAACCUACAAUUCAAAAGCAGAAACAUAGAACAGGGGAGCAACAUGUGGCAAGCACAGCGAAGGAUUUUGUUGCUUUAAACAAAAGUAUGAAUAGCAGCUCAUCUUUGAGGUCCAAAGGUAAAGUAAUGGAUGAAAUUCGCAUGUCUCAUGGUAGUGUACAGCACAAGAACCUGAGCACAAAAGGUCAACGAACCAAUGGCCUGCGUAGUGAUAGCUCUAACAAACCCAAGCUAAGGACUGCAUCACCAAAAGGUAUGGAGAAAGAUAUGAUAAUUGCCAAAGGCGCAGGGUUGGUUAGCGAGAAGCCAAAGACUGCAAGUGCAAACUAUGUUAAGAAUGACUUGUUGAGACAGCCAGAGCAACGAAAUGCUUCUAGGUUUAACGACUCCGACAUUGUUUCUUUCACUUUCAGUUCACCAAUGAAGGCCAUCCCUCCUUCUCUGCUGAAUGAAAAUACUAGAGGGAAAGGUAGUGCUGUUCUGGGACCUCCAAAUGGAGCUUGUCCUAAAAGAAAUUCCCAUAGGGACAGCCAUAUUUCUUCAGAAAGGGACUUGGUUUCCAGGAAAAAAAUACAAGCCACAUCAAGUAUGGAGACUGCAGAUUCAGUUUGCUCUAACCGAGAUGAGUGGAAGAACAUAUAUAUUCCUGGUGGCAGAGCAACCUUUUUGGCUGAAAAGGCUAGUGGUUUUCCUGUCCUAGAGAAGUCGUCAUGCGAUGAAUUUCUACGGGAGCUAGAUAAUCUGAUGCAUGGCUUUGGAGAGCUCCCUAGUCCCAUGGAGUUGCGUGAAACACAUAAAAAUCAUGAGGUAACUGGGAAAGCUAGUAAUCCAUCUCGAUAUAUACCUGGAGGCAACAGACAACGAGGAAUUCUCCGAUCUGCAUAUGCAGAUGAGAACUGCACCUCUGGGAGUCCAAACUACACUUCAGAUGUUCAACCCGAAGAGAGACGCCUCCUGGAGACCUCUACACCACCGGUUAGCGCAAGAGAUGCGACUGCAGAGAGAAAUUCCAGGUGUGCCGAGCCUGAUUCCGUCCAUCAUGGUUCCCAUCGGCAUGCACCGGCAGUCCAGGACAGCAAGCCUAGUCCCGGCCAUCAUGGUGCCCACCGGCAUGCACCGGUAGUCCAGGACAGCAAGCUGCUGGUGCGCGCUGGAGAGCUCACAUCCACCGCCGACGUGCUGCUAGCAAACUUCUGCUCACCCGAUCUGCGAAGACCAAGGGCACAUUCCAAGGCUUUCCUUCUCAGGACAUCUGAGUCUGUUCUUGCCACCUUGACAAAGAACAACCCUGGCCACAAGGCCGCCGCAUCCAACCCGCUGCGGAACCUCGCGUCUGACUUGGUCAUGGAGUGCCUGGACUCGAUGUGCGCCCGGCUCUGCGACUCAGGCUACAGGUCGUUCGCGAAGCUCGCCAUGGUCAGCACCGAGGAGCGGCUGGCCGACGAGGUGAGGAAGGAGGUCGCGAGGUGCGGCGCCAUGGCGGGGCAGGCCCUGGAUGACAUGGCCGCCGGCGAUGUUGAGCUGGCGAUCGUGACUGGUCUGGGCUCCCUGCACGAGGCCUUUCGGGUAAGCGCCCAGAUCGAGCGGGACCUGGUGCAGGAGCUGGUGCACGAGAUCGGGCUAGACAUGCUGAGAGCGGGUAUUGACCAUAUGAUUUGGGCGCGGCGGGUCUGGGCUGCUGUGGCGGACGCUCAUCGCCUCCCCGCCCUCUCUCCGCCCACCUGGGACGUGCCCUCGACCACGCUCGAGUGGAUCGCUUCCACUACCACCGCGGCAUCUCCGCGCGAUCGCAAGCGCACAAAAUCUGUCCUGCUGUUGGUGCUUUGGGUGCUUUGGAAGGAGAGGAACCGACGUAUUUUCGAUAGCAAGGAUAGGCCGGUCUCUCUUGUCGUAGCUGAGGUCGCCGACGAGCUAUCCAUCUGGGCGCUGGCCACGGGCCGGCUUACCGUAGCGCGAGAGUGA